CAAUCUUACGUCAGUUACAUACGCUUGGUGGCUGACUGGCUGGCUGGGAGGGAGGAAGGAAGGAAGGAACCGACAAGUGGUCUUACUGCGCACUGUAGCCCGAGCAAAGUUAGGACUCUUUUAGACUCCUAUGCUCUUUCUGUGGCACUUACGGGGGAACUAAUUCUGCACCCAGUGCGACCUUCCACCCUGUUUCCGUAAGAAGCUAUGUAGUGAGUCGGUAAGUUGCUUGUUGUCAUCGACAACAAAGCGAGCUGCUCCAUAUGCUAAAGCUAACACGCUAACCUAAACUCCUCAAGGAGUUGUGUCAUAUUUCGGGGUGUCUGCCUGAGCGAGAUUACACAACAAACCGGCGUUUCUUAGCUCACGUUUCUUAGCAGGCGUACGUUAUGGCUUCAGAUGUGAUCGAAAGCGAGGCGACUUUGAAAGGUAUGGAUGACACAAACAUGAACAUUAGUCGUCCAGAUUUUGGCACACCCAGGCGGACUCAUGGGACCAGACGCACGUCUAGUCCCUCGUCUUCUGGGGUGUCAGGGGAAGUGGACGAGGAGGAGCUGGACGAGCUACAAAACAGCACUGCGUCUACGGUGGAAAAUGGCGAGGAGGCACUUGAAGAGAGUUUAACCAAAACAAGGAGCAGUCAUCGAGAAAGGACGACCCCAGACAAUGACCAGGAUCCCAGUGACCAAAACAGCCCCUCUCAGUCAUGCUCUUCUGUUGGACUCAGCGGAAGCCUGGAACGCCAAGAAUCCGUUGCCACGACAGAGGCACGAUUAAGGAUGGAAGGAGUCGAGCUUAAGGAAGAAUGGCAGGACGAGGAUUUUCCACGGCCUCUACCUGAGGAGGAGGAGGGACUUGAAGAGGAAUUGUUUGCUGGAGCUUCAGAAGAGGGAGAAGCUGGCUAUGUAGUAAACCAGAGUAAGAAGAAGAAGAAGCUCACGGCUCCGGAAAUUAGCCUGAAUCUCGACCGCAGUGAAGGUUCUAUUCUCUCUGAUGAGUUAGAUGAAAGUACAGAGCUGGACUUGGAUGACAUGGACACACCUUCUGACAACAGCAAUGAGUUUGAAUGGGAAGAUGAUCUUCCCAAGCCUAAAACUACAGAACUACUAGAGAAGGGCGUGGAGUCGGUCCAGCAGUACUCUGCCUUGGAAGAGAGGGACGAAGGCCGGCGCUGGAGGGUGUUUCGUAUAGGAGAUCAAGAACACAGAGUGGACAUGACGGCCAUUGAUCCUUACAAGCGGGUUAUAAGCCAUGGAGGUUACUAUGGAGAUGGCUUGAAUGCCAUAAUUGUGUUUGCUGUUUGCUUCAUGCCUGAGAGCAGUCAACCAAACUACAGAUACAUCAUGGACAAUUUAUUCAAAUAUGUCAUUGGCACGCUAGAGCUGUUAGUGGCAGAAAACUAUAUGAUUGUAUACCUUAACGGGGCAACAUCACGAAAAAAGAUGCCAACUGUCGGCUGGCUCCGAAAGUGUUAUCAGCAGAUUGAUAGAAGGUUAAGGAAGAAUUUAAAAUCUUUGAUAAUCGUCCAUCCCUCCUGGUUCAUUCGCACCCUGCUGGCACUCACAAAACCUUUUAUCAGCUCCAAAUUCAGUCAAAAAAUCCAGUUUGUGUACAGCCUAACAGAGCUUGCGGCAUUAGUCCCGAUGGAGUAUGUGUCCAUUCCGGAUUGUAUCAAACUGUUUGACGAGGAAAAAAAUAAGAAAAGCAGUAAAAGGUAUCUUGGAUUUUUCACCUAGGGCUUGGUUGACUUUCACAAAACUAACAAAAGGCAGGAUUGAUCAGGACAUGCACGGAAAAGUGGAGACGGCCACCGCAGCUGUUCCCGAGUGAAGAUGCUGAUGAUGAAAACAGACUAUGCUGCCGCUGCCACUUUUCUUUGCGCGUGUUUGUUUUUGGGGUGACGUUACUGGAAACGUUUUGCAUCAGGAAAGUGCCUUGUCGAAACGAUGCUGCCUCUUACAAUGUAGGACAUUUUGCAAGUUACAUUACUCUGUCAAGCUGCUUCAGCUCACUUCCUACACACUACCUUUCCCCUUACAUGCUGUCCAAGAGGUUGUUUUUUUUGUUUAAUCCUUUUUCUUAUCAUUUACUGCCUCUUCUUAUUGUCAUAUCUGCUCUGUAUUUAAGGCACUCUGUUACAAACAUUUGAAUCAAUGAUUGAUGCAUGUACUGCUUUAUUACAUUUAAAUAUAUAUUUAUAUUCAAAAGGGUGACAAAAGGAGAGAAAGUAAUAUAUUUUUAUGGUUACUAUGAUUUUAAAAGUGCAUUAUGAGGUCUCUGAGUCCCUCACCCAACCUCCAUGCCUUCAAUUGCUUUUCAUACAUUUUUAUUUCCUGAGGAAAAAUCCCCACUGACCCACCAUCAGAGAAUAACCUGCAGUGAGUUUGUGGGGGUCAGAAAAACAUCGAGUUCAUAGAUUGUAGUGUUACAAGCAAUACUUCAUAAUUUGGCCAUUAAGUGAGAAUAUAUUCCUGGAAUUAAAUGGGUACAUCAUAUUAAGACAAAGGAAGUCGUUGUAAAAAUCAAGUACUGCACGGUUUGACACUAAACUAUUUUUAUUUGGAGGGGAGGUGGGUUCGUAUAAACAGUAUCAGACUUAAUGCAAAUUCCAGUCAUCAGAGAAAGUGCGCCUUAAUAUCCACUGAAUUAUAACAGGUCCAUCAUGUAUUGUUUUAAAACGGGGUGGAACAUUUUUGGGUGAAUUUUGCAAUGUCAUGGUCUAUUCCAUGGAGUUUGAAAAAAUGCCACUGAUUUUGUAAAUUUACUAACCAAAUGCAAUAUAUACAUAAUGCUAAAUCAAUUAAACUGGAUGUUUUCGGAGACAAAAA